CUUCCUGGGCCUGCAGAACUCAGUCCUCCCCUUUUCACCCAGGAUGGCGUUUGAGGCCUCACCUGCCCUUUCAGCGCUGGCCUGGUCGUUCCUUUCUGGCGGUCUUUGGCGACUUCGUUGUUUUUUAAUGGCUGCAGCGGCUGCUGGGUGAGCUGUGGGAGCCUGGACUGCAGUUCCUCUGGACAGGAGAGGGUCACUUCGUGCCAGCCUCCUCCUCACUGGAUCGGUGUUGGGGGCUCUUCCCUCAUAGCCUCUCCACGAUCGAAGGGAGAAGAUGCCUCUGCCUUUUGGAUUGAAAUUGAAGCGCACUCGGCGCUACACGGUCUCCAGCAAGAGCUGCCUGGUCGCCCGGAUCCAACUGCUCGAUAAUGAGUUUGUGGAGUUUACGCUGUCGGUGGAGAGCACUGGCCAGGAGAGCCUUGAAGCUGUGGCCCAGAGACUGGAGUUGAGGGAGGUCACUUACUUCAGCCUCUGGUACUACAAUAAGCAGAAUCAGCGCCGAUGGGUAGAUCUGGAAAAACCUCUGAAGAAACAGCUGGAUAAAUACGCACUGGAGCCUACCGUGUACUUUGGAGUGGUGUUUUACGUGCCUUCCGUUUCCCAGCUGCAGCAGGAGAUUACCAGGUAUCAGUAUUACUUGCAGCUGAAGAAAGAUAUCUUGGAAGGAAACAUUCCUUGUACAUUAGAGCAAGCAAUUCAUUUAGCAGGCUUAGCGGUGCAAGCUGAUUUUGGUGACUUUGAUCAGUAUGAAUCCCAAGACUUUCUUCAGAAAUUUGCCUUAUUUCCUGUGGAGUGGUUACAGGAUGAAAAAGUAUUGGAAGAAGCAACCCAGAAAGUGGCCUUACUACAUCAGAAAUACAGGGGGCUUACAGCUCCAGAUGCUGAAAUGCUGUAUAUGCAGGAGGUGGAGAGAAUGGAUGGCUACGGAGAAGAGAGUUACCCUGCCAAGGACAGCCAAGGGAGCGACAUAUCCAUCGGAGCCUGUCUAGAAGGUAUCUUUGUGAAACACAAGAACGGGAGGCCUCCUGUGAUAUUUAGGUGGUAUGACAUUGCGAACAUGUCCCACAACAAGUCCUUUUUUGCGUUAGAGCUGGCAAGUAAAGAGGAGACCAUCCAGUUUCAAACAGAAGACAUGGAAACAGCAAAGUACGUGUGGAGACUCUGUGUUGCACGACACAAAUUUUAUAGGCUGAACCAGUGUAACCUGCAAACUCAGGCUGUUGCCACAAACCCAAUCAGAAGGAGGUCAUCUUCAAGGAUGUCUCUGCCGAAACCCCAGCCCUAUGUGAUGCCCCCUCCACCCCAGCUGCAUUACAAUGGACAUUACACGGAGCCAUAUGCAUCUUCCCAAGAUAACCUCUUUGUGCCCAACCAGAAUGGCUACUACUGCCACUCGCAGACGAGUUUGGAUAGAGCGCAGAUGGAGCUCGGCGGUAGGAUCCGCAACGGCAGCGUGUACAGUGCCCACAGCACCAACUCCCUCAACACCCCCCAGUCCUUCCUGCAGCCCUCGCCCAUGUCCUCCAACCCCAGCAUCACGGGCAGCGACGUCGUGAGGCCUGACUACGUCCCGUCCCACCGGCACAGCGCCCUGAUCCCCCCGUCCUACCGCCCGACCCCCGACUACGAGACGGUGAUGAAGCAGCUCAACCGCGGCCUGGCCCAGGCCGAGCGGCACAGCCACUCGCUGCGCAACCUCAGCAUCGGCAGCUCCUACGCCUACAGCCGGCCCGACGCCCUGGUCUACAGCCAGCCCGAGAUCCGGGAGCACGCGCAUCUCGCCUCGCCCCAGGCGGCGCCCGGCCCCUUCGCCCUCAACUACAGCUUCCACCGCCAGUCGCCCUACCCGUACCCCGCCGAGCGGCGGCCCGUGGUGGGCGCCGUCAGCGUGCCCGAGCUGACCAACGUGCAGCUGCAGGCCCAGGACUACCCGGCCCCGAACAUCAUGAGGACGCAGGUGUACCGCCCGCCCCCGCCCUACCCCUACCCCAGGCCGGCCAACAGCACCCCGGACCUGUCCCGCCACCUGUACAUCAGCAGCAGCAAUCCGGAUCUCAUCACCCGGCGGGUGCACCACUCGGUGCAGACCUUCCAGGAGGACAGCCUGCCCGUGGCCCACUCGCUGCAGGAGGUCAGCGAGCCGCUCACGGCCGCCAGCCACGCGCAGCUGCACAAGAGGAACAGCAUUGAGAUCGCGGGCCUCGCCCACGGCGUGGAAGGCCUGCGGCUCAAGGAGAGGACCCUGUCGGCCUCGGCGGCCGACGCGGUCCCGAGGGCCCUCUCCGCCGGCUCCCAGUCCAGCAUCUUCGCCGACAGAGCCAAGCAAGAGGAGAGCGAGGGGCAGCAGCAGCAGGAGGGCGGGAGCUACGGCCACAAGAAGUCUCUGUCGGAGGCCACCAUGCUGAUCCACAGCAGCGAGGAGGACGAGGACCAGGAGGAGGACCGCCGCUCGCAGGCCCUGGCCGCCCGGCUGGAGCCCCGGCCCCCCGCCCCCUACUGCCCCGAGCCACAGCCGAGCUACCCCUGCGCUCCGGUCAGUGCCCUCAGCGGCCCUCUCCACAUACUCGAGCCCAAGCCCCACGUCACAGAGACGGAGAAGAGGGCCAGGGACUUCAGCCCCCUGCACCUGGUUGCGGAAGGACAGCGGCCCCGGAGGGACGGACGGCUGACGCCCUCCAUGUCCGAGUCCGACCUCACCACGUCCGGGAGAUACCGAGCCAGGCGGGACUCUCUGAAGAAGAGGCCCGUGUCAGAUCUCCUCUCCGGGAAGAAGCACGUGGUGGAAGGACGUCCCCCGGUCGGGGGAAUGAAAAAGUCUCGAGUGGAUGCAAAAAAAAUUGGCCCCCUUAAGUUGGCUGCCCUCAACGGACUCUCCCUGUCUCGAUUGCCUCUGCCUGAUGAAGGGAAGGAAGUGUCUACCAGAGCGACGAAUGAUGAGAGGUGCAAAGUCCUGGAGCAGCGGUUAGAGCAGGGAACAGUGUUCACCGAAUAUGAGAGGAUUCUUAAGAGACGGCUGGUGGAUGGGGAGUGCUCCACCGCCCGCCUUCCUGAAAAUGCAGAGCGGAACCGGUUCCAGGACGUGCUUCCCUACGAGGACGCCAGAGUGGAGCUGGUCCCCACUAAGGAAAACAACACUGGCUACAUCAACGCUUCACAUAUUAAGGUCUCUGUUAGUGGAAUUGAGUGGGAUUAUAUUGCCACCCAGGGUCCAUUACAGAAUACCUGUCAGGAUUUCUGGCAGAUGGUAUGGGAGCAGGGCGUUGCGAUUAUAGCGAUGGUGACGGCGGAAGAGGAGGGUGGGAGAGAGAAGAGCUUCAGGUAUUGGCCACGACUUGGUUCCAGGCAUAACACUGUCACCUAUGGAAGGUUUAAGAUCACCACCCGAUUCCGCACCGACUCUGGCUGCUAUGCCACCACAGGCUUGAAGAUGAAGCACCUCCUCACAGGACAGGAGAGGACAGUGUGGCACCUCCAGUACACAGAUUGGCCUGAGCAUGGCUGUCCUGAAGACCUCAAGGGCUUCUUAUCAUACCUUGAAGAGAUCCAAUCUGUUCGACGCCACACAAAUAGUACAGGUGAACCAAAGAGCCCCAACCCUCCACUGUUGGUCCACUGCAGUGCCGGAGUGGGAAGGACUGGCGUGGUCAUCUUGUCAGAGAUCAUGAUUGCCUGUCUGGAACACAAUGAGGUGCUGGACAUCCCGAGAGUGCUGGGUAUGUUGAGACAGCAGAGGAUGAUGCUGGUGCAGACCCUCUGCCAGUACACGUUCGUGUACAGAGCUCUCAUUCAGUUCCUGAAAAGCUCCAGGCUCAUCUAAGCUCCCACACUGCCCAGCCAUCACACUUGCUCCUCAUCACCUGAGCCAUGUGAAGAUGCAUCCGGAAAGGCCAUUAUGAAUAGCUACGCACUGAAGGCAACAUGCAAAGCACAAGGCUGAAGAAGGGGAUUUGGGACCUCAGAACUGUGCUGGAGGACAAACACGGACAUGACUUGGACAGGACAUAACUGUCCUGCCCUGGUCUGUCUGAUUUGCAGUACUUGCACACAUUUUGGAGAUUGUAUUUUCUAGACAAUUCUCUGUUUUACUGAAGCUAUGCUGGGUUAUUCUGGCAAAUCCUAAUGGCUCAUAGAUUUCCAUCUUAAGCUAGUUUUUGAUAAUGGAGUUUUAUGACUAAACUAUUUAGGGGUUUUUCUCAGCUAGAAACUGAACAUUCUGUGGGGAUGAUCCACAGAUUGAGCGGUCCUUACAUAACUUUGUAUUUAAAACCAUGUUGUUAUCUUUUGUUAUGUAAAAAGAAAAAACAAAACAAAAAACCCUUGGGUACUUCAUGGUCUGUUUACCGAGCCCAGAACUCUUAAUGAGAAGCUAAAAGUGUUAUUUUGAAGUAUGGAAAGCAUUUUUAUAUUCAGAAAAUUUUUUAUCCUAAAAAUUCUAUAUAUUUGUACCUUCUGUAUUUUCCAAACAAGAACUCAACUUGCUACAAUACUGAAACCAGUCAAUUCACACAGAAGAAACAAGAAUGAAGGCACAUUAAAAUAUAGGAGAAUCAGAUUCACUAUUUUUUUCAGUAUUAUUCAUAAAUCUAAAUGGGUUUGACCUUUUGGGAGUUGGAAAAAUGAAGUGUAAAACAAUGACAUAGGAUGGUUUUAAGCACCUUUGAAAAACAACCAUAAUCUGAGUUUUUAUAUAUGUAUUGCUUUAUAUUUAAGACAGUAAUGAUGGACAUUGUUUUAUAAACGUUUCAAAGAGAAGGAUUAGAGUAUGUAGGAUGACAAGGAAGAGUAAGUGGUUUGUGAUGUUAAGUGCUGGACAUCUUAGUCUUCACAAAAGCUGCAGUAUUACCUUACUCAGACUUAGCCCAGUUAGGAGAGUUGGGGCUUGGGAGUCUGAGGGUCGACCCCAGAGAAUUCACCGCCUCUCACUGUCCAGUUACUCUCAGUGGCUUAUUGUUUCCAUAGAAUCCUUCCACCAAAAUCUGUAGUCUCUCCCUCUCCCUCUCUACCUCUAUUCCUCUCCCCUCCCCUCCCUCUCUUUCUCUUCCAAAUUCAGGUUCAUGUUAUCAAAGAAACUUUGAAGAAGCCAGGUACUGGUGGCUCACGCCUGUAAUCCUCGCUACUCAGGGACCUGAGGUCUGAGGAUUGCAGU